CAGACGAAUCGAUGACUGUUAGUAGAAGAGAGCUCGAGGCGCUGCAGGCUGAGCUGGCCAGGCUGAGGCGGGAGGCAUCCUGCCGUAGCACUCCUGCAUCGGUGUACCAGCGCUCUCCUGGAGAGCUCCGUCUUCGGCCACGAGUGUCUGUGGUGAUCAAGUAUGGCGACAUUUGCAAAUGGAACUGGGCUCAAGUGCUGCCUGUUCUGUACCCACCCACGACCUACCAGGAUGCGGAUCUUUUGUUGGCGACCUUGCAGGAGCAGAUAGAUGUGUUGGAAGGCCUCACUCAUGCGAAGAGGCGGGGAGUCUUCUGGAAUUGGGUGCAGAGAGCGGAGGAAGAAGGCAUCGUCCGCUACGAUGACGGCGCUGGAACGCUCACUCGUGUCACGGCGGACCGGCCGGGCUGCACAGUCAGGCCCAUCCAUCUCCCGGAGGUUUCGGAGAUCCCCACCCGCCCACCCGAUCGCACGGCAUCGAUCCCGGGCGCGUCUGCUGAGUGUGCGGGGGGUGCGGCCGCACGCGGAAGGGCUGCUGCACGCGAGAGGGGCACACGAGAGGUCGGCCGAGAAGCGGAAGCACACCAACAGCACCGGCCAGAGGUGAUGCACCCGCAGCAACAGCCUCGCCCACAGAUUCCCCGACUCGUAUCGGUUGACCCGAGAACCGCAGGGCAGCCAGGGCAGAGUGCACCGUCGGCUCAGCAAAACCAUCCACAUAAUGCACCCAAUGAGGACCACCACCCACCCCUCCGCAUCCUGCAGCGAACAUCUGCCGAGGGGCAAGACCGCCAAGUCCCCUUCACCGCAGUGCGACACAUCGAGGCUCCACCCGUCGUCGCAGCGUCCAACCAGCAAGCCCACCACACCAACCAGCCGACACGCGCGGCCGCUGCGUAUACAACGGCCGGCGGAAGCGGCGACCCAGAUUGGCCGGACAGAAACCCUGGGGGCCGUGGUGGUGGACGUGGCAACAACGGAGGACGGGGGCCUGGUGGAGGGAACAAUGGAGGUCGCCGUGACGGUGCUGGUGGAGAGGGGCGACGUGGUGGUGAUCGCGAUAGGGACCGACGAGACGAUCGCCGACGAGAUGAGAGGGGCCGUGACGGAUACCUCGGCCCCCUCUUCGAGGAUGUGCCCGAGAGGGAGGAUGAUGACUUGGGCAGGGAGUGGCAGGAUAUGGUGGCUCGCGAGCACACGAGGCGAGCAUACGAAGAGAAGUUGCGACGAGAUGAGGAACGUGAGCAGCAG